AUGCCGUGGAAACCGAUACACCACACCACAAGAAAAGUUCGGAGGGAUAAUGCGAGAAAGAGAGAACAAUGGUGGCUGGGAGUAUGUCGGAUUAGAAGGGAAGAAACCGUUCAGAGCCGAGAUGUAACCCAGCCUUUUGGCUUCCUUGUUAAAGAUUUGGACAUUUUUGAUCCAGCCAAUGGAAAGAAGAGAAACUAUGAUUAUUGUCUCAUAACAACCAGUCAAGUCAUCGAUACUGAGAAUUUCUCGGAAAAUUAUCAUUUGGAGUUUCAAAAGUUAAAUUCAAAGAAGAAAAUAGUUCUACUAAAUAAAAUCGUAGAUCAAAAGGACUUCCUUCGAAUUGGCAACUUUGUUUUCAUUGGAGUAAAACCCUCCAAAAAAUACUCCAAGAAGGAGAGCAUUUUUACAUAUCGACCAUUCCAGGGGACCAAAGUGAAUCAAAGUGAAUCGAAUGAUUUAAAGUGUGUUUUCCUGGACGACAAGGAUAAAUCUUCUGAUGUGAUAGACUUUCAGAUUAUUAAUUUCCAAAACGUUUCAGCGACACACUCAGAACACACUCGCAACGAAAACCGUAUGCAAGGUUGUGCUAUGAUCAUGCGUCAAGAAAACCGAAACGGCGAGUUUAGUGCGGUUGGAUGCCUUGAUUUUGCUGACGACGGAUCUAUAUUUCCCUUCUUCUUCCCUCCCUCUCCUACAGAUGGUUCCCAAAUAACGAAUGCAAUUACAGCUGAAGGAUGCUCUGAAAUACCUUCAGAUACUGAAGAAACUGGACCACAGGUCAUUGGCCGGUCCAAAGAGUUGGAAAGAAUCUUCGAUGCAAUUCGAACUGAAAGUGUAGCUGCAGUUCUUAUAACUGGGGGACCCGGGUUUGGUAAAACAGCUGUAGCAAUUGAAGUGUACGACGAAUUGAAAUCCAAGAGGAAUGAAGAGAGGACAGUUUUGUUUUGCUCACUCAGAUCUAAAGAAACCAUUGCUGAAGUAGCUACUUCAAUGAUCCUUUCAUGCAGGGCAAACCUCUCUCAACCACCAGAAGAUCCGCAAUAUUGGCUCAGAAAUUGGAGCUCACGACAGAAAAAGAAAGUUUGUUUCAUUCUGGACAAUGCAGAUCAUGUUCUUGAAUCAGAUGAUCGAACUGCAUUUAUAUCCAUUUUAAGGGAAAUGAGGAUUCUAUCAAAAAUGAUCACAUUUGUUAUCACUUCUCAAAGAGAAUUUGAAUUAGGCUUCAGUUUACAAAUGAAACUUGAGAGAUUGACAAUAUUAUCCUGUGAGCAUGCACAAAAACUCCUCUUGUCCAAAGUCCUUGAUCCACGUGUGAAACUGGGGCUCUCCAAGACAGAUGAAUUAGUUAAACUUUGUGGUUGUGUACCCCUAGCUUUAUGCAUCAUUGGUUCGUUGCUUUCAGACUAUUUUGAAGAUCAGCUCAUUGAAUGCCUUGAGAAAAAGCCAUUAAAUGUCCUCAAAGAGGAUGAAAGUCAUGAAACUGAUGAAAAUUCUGUUGAAAAAGCAAUUGCAACUUCUUUCAACUUUUUGAAAGAACAUGAAAAAAAGGCUCUGGUACUUCUGUCAGUUUUUCCAGGCUCAUUCAGUAAUAUAUCUGCUCAAGCUGUAAUUAAGGCAGGUGAUUGUAAACAUGAUCCUAGAUCAAUUCUCCGUUCCUUGAGAAAGUGCUCUCUUAUUGAGGACCGAGGCUCCUACAGAUAUGAAAUCCAUCCAUUUAUUCAAACAUUUGCAAAGAAGAUUGAUGAAGCCAACUAUUCUUCAUUCUUAAAGCUGCAAGGGGAAAAAGCGGCCUGCACCCACUUUACUUCCCAGCUAGUGGACAUUUCCGCAUGCUACUGGAGCAAAGACAAGUGCAAAGAGGCAAUUCACUCUUUUAACACGGACAGGCACAACUUUGAGAAAUUCUUUCCGAUCUUCAUCAAAGAACAAGAGAACAACAUGCCCAGGAACAAAUUUUGGAAGGUUCUUCCCUUCUUCAAAGGACAAGAUUCUCAACUGAAGAAAACUAUGGAGGAGUUAGUGAAGAAGAUUUCCCAGACAUGUACAUUUUUAGAAAUGUGUAUUCAACCAGGUGAUUAUUUGAGGUACCUUAUAGAGCUUGAUCAGCUUUUCAUGUCUCACCAGCAACCUGUCACUAAAAGAGUGGAACUUCUCUGCCUCCUAGGGCAUGAAUAUAGGAAAAUCGGUGAUAAGGAUAAAUACAAGGAGUCGAUUGAAAAGGCUGCAGACCUACACUCAAAUCACCCUGAAGAAUUUGACAAUGAGAAGGUGUCAGAGGCUUUCUUCCGCAAUAAUUAUGCACGGUUCCUCUCUGAUGAGAAAAACUAUUUGGAAGCUAAAGAACAAUUCAUUAAAAGUUUGGAGGCAUGUGAUCAACAGAAACCAAUGGAUUUUGUACAGAAAGGCAUAAGUUUACUUUAUGCUGGACGAAAUUACAAGAAACAAAAUGAACGCGAUCAGGCAGAGGCAAAGUUCAAUGCAUCAUUUGAGAUUUUUGAGGAAAAUCUUGGCUGUCACAUUAUGACUGCUCUACUUCUGAAUGAAAUUGCAGAUUUUCACCUUUUCCAUGGUGAGAAGAGUCUAGGAUCAGCUACUGACCAAUGCAAAUCAAUCAAACUUUAUGAAAAAGCUCUGGAAAUGAUGGAAAGCGUUGGUAUUGAAGAGCAGAAAGAAUGCAUUCUGCCACUUACCAACUUAGGAGUGUGUUAUCAAUUUCAAGGUCAGAUGGAAGAUGCAAAGAGUUUAUUUCAAGCAUCUCUAGGAAUUGCUAAAGACAAACUAACUGAAAAUCAUAGGUGGAAGAUCUAUGCAAUGACUCAAAUGGCAUUUUGGUUUAAAAAAAAUGGAAACCCAGAGAAAGCAAAAGAGUGGAAACAAAAGGCAUUGACAAUGAGCAACACACUUCAACUGCCAGAUGACCAACCACCUAACAAAUUUUUGUUAGACAAAAUUUGAAAUUUCAAGAGGUCGCAGGCAAGCCAAUUCCAAGUGCUCAUUUAUUUGAAACAAGUGAAAGAAAAAUGCAGAUGGGACCAGGAUUCAGAGAGGUGAUGAGUCCUCUUCCACUUUUUAAUUCAACAAAUCAUUACCACUAACCAAGAGCCAGAAGCCAUAAAAGUCAAAAUUAUAGUGUCUGAGGAACCCAAAAAGUUUUGCUCCUUGGUCCACUAUUUUUAAUUCUUUGCUGAGGAAUUGGUUGCGAUGGUUUCAAUCUAACUCAACCAUUAUUAAGGUGGCUCUGAAAAUUCACUACUGAUAUUUUAAAACCUUGCAGAAAGAAGUUUCAUUAGUAUGAUGAUCACAAUGAAAUUGAGUGAUUGAGAUUGAGUGAGUGAGAAAUUAGGAGGCAGCUGACUUGUAUUUGCCUACUGGCACAUUAAGCUAAAAUUAAGUGUGUUCUUUAGAAGCUGUGUCAGUGGUUCAAGGGUAUAUGAAAUGUUUCAUGAAAUAUUCAUCAAACCCUUUUGAACAAUGAUUGAGCAUUCCUCUUUAAUGAAACAAAGAAAAUUUUGGUGUAGCCAAACCUCAAUUAUUUAGACCUCAAUAAUGCAGAUUUUUUAAUUAUCAAGACUCACUUCUCUGGUCCCUUAUUUUAAUGAAUAUCAAUUAGUCACAUUCAUGAUCCUUAACAACUUUUUCCUAUGAAACAUCUACCUAACCAUUAAUGCCUCUUCAAAGAAUGAUAGAAUUAUCAAUGACCACAAGCUGUGGCAGCUUGAAACAAACUGAUUUACAUUAGCACUUUAGGGUGUCAUAUUAUUAUCCAGACUUCAUGUAUUCAGCCCAGUCCCAGGAGUUCUGAUAAUUGAGAGUUGAC